UUUCAUCUCACCCUGAUUUCCUUCUCUCCCCAGUGUCUGCCCAUCCAUGGCUUCUCUUGGAUUCCCCUCUCUCCUUCUUCUAAGCUGCAUUUUCGUGUUCGCUUCUGCCAUAGCUUCUCCUCAUGCCCCUGCCGCCCAUAAAGUCUCUCUGGCUCUUUACUACGAGACCCUCUGCCCUGCCUGUUCUAUAUUCAUCGUUAAUGAUCUGGCGAAGAUCUUCCAUAAUGGACUCAUUAAAAUCGUCGAUCUCCAGCUCGUUCCUUAUGGAAACGCCAAUGUAGACAGCAACGGCACCAUCACCUGCCAGCAUGGCGCGGAAGAGUGCUUUCUGAAUACAGUGGAAGCCUGUGCCAUUGAUGUCUGGCCUAAUCUGAAUGAGCAUUUCAAAUUCAUUUCCUGUGUUGAACAAAUGAUCAUAUCCGGCAAGUUCAAAGAAGAGUGGAAAUCCUGUUAUCAUAAAACUCAUUUGGGUCCAAAGCACAUUGCAAAAUGUUAUAAUAGUCCACGCGGGAAGAAGCUUGAACAUAAAUAUGCAAAAAUGACUGAGUCUCUGAAACCUCCUCAUGAAUUUGUGCCUUGGGUAACAGUCAAUGAUCAGCCACUCCUUCUGGACUAUGAAAACUUCACAAGCUAUGUGUGCAAGGCUUACAGAGGCAAACAUAUGCCCAAGGCUUGCAAGCAGCAGUUAACCCAUCAGAUCAUCCCACUGGAGAAAGCAAGCCCGACUGAUGAAGUUUGCUUUACAGAUGAGACAACCAAAACAUCAGCUUCAUAUACUCAUCAUCAAUGAAAAAAGAAGGGGAUUUUGACUGUAGGAACUCCAGGGAGGCACCAGAUGAUGAUGUAUUCCAUAUAGAGGUCCUACCCAUCAUGGGCCAUACCCAAUAAUUAAUAUGAAAUAAUUGGGAAAAUAAAAAUAAAUGCAUCAUUUCUUUGAGUGUUUAAGAA